GCCGCGCUGGGCACGCCGGUCGCCGGGUGAUGACGCACGCUGUCUAGCGAAGAGAGCUCGGUGCGGACGGCCGCCGUGGCUGGGAAUGGCUGACGACGCUGCGGCGGCUCCGAAGGGAGAGGAUGACAAGGAUGGGGGCAAGAAGGCGGCGGGGGCCAGUCCCAGGCCCGCGGAGACCCUCGGCUUCUAUGAAAGGAGUGAUGGGAGUCGGCCUGAGGUGAAGAAGCGGACCUUGUCAGAUCUUUCAUUAUUGAGGUUCAUCAGCGCUGAGCUAACAAGAGGGUAUUUUCUUGAACACAAUGAAGCGAAAUACAAAGAGAGAAGGGAGCGUGUGUAUACCUGCUUGCGAAUACCCAGAGAGCUGGAGAAGUUAAUGAUCUUCGGCUUCUUUUUGUGUCUGGACGCUUUUUUAUAUGUAUUCACUUUACUUCCACUGAGGGUUCUCCUGGCUGUUAUCAAGUUCAUUACUUUGCCUUGUUGUGGACUAAGUAACGGAAGGUUGCUUCAGCCUGCACAGGUAUGUGAUGUUUUAAAGGGGGUGAUCAUGAUAAUCUGUUACUUCAUGAUGCACUACGUGGACUACUCUAUGAUGUACCACCUUAUAAGAGGCCAAUCCGUCAUAAAGCUUUACAUAAUAUACAACAUGCUGGAGGUUGCAGAUCGUCUCUUUUCUUCUUUUGGACAAGAUAUUUUGGAUGCACUCUAUUGGACAGCUACAGAGCCCAAGGAGAGAAAGCGAGCACACAUUGGUGUUAUUCCUCAUUUCUUCAUGGCUGUCUUGUAUGUCUUUCUCCAUGCCAUCCUUAUCCUGGUGCAAGCAACGACUCUUAAUGUAGCAUUUAACUCUCAUAACAAGUCUCUGCUCACCAUCAUGAUGUCCAACAACUUUGUGGAAAUCAAAGGGAGUGUUUUCAAGAAGUUUGAGAAGAACAACCUUUUUCAGAUGUCAAACAGUGAUAUAAAAGAGCGCUUCACCAAUUAUGUUCUGCUGCUGAUUGUGUGUCUGCGGAACAUGGAACAGUUCUCUUGGAAUCCGGACCACCUAUGGGUGUUGUUUCCUGACGUGUGCAUGGUAAUUGCAUCUGAGAUCGCCGUGGACGUUGUAAAGCAUGCCUUCAUUACCAAAUUUAAUGACAUCACUGCCGAUGUAUACAGUGAAUACAGAGCCAGCCUUGCCUUUGAGCUUGUAAGCAGUCGUCAGAAAAAUGCUUACACAGAUUAUAGUGACUCUGUGUCCAGGCGUAUGGGAUUUAUUCCACUGCCGCUAGCUGUGUUGCUCAUAAGGGUGGUGACAAGUUCCAUAAAGGUACAAGGCGUGUUGGCCUACACAUGUGUUGUCCUCUUCUACUUUGGGUUAAUAACAUUAAAAGUUCUUAACAGCAUUGUUUUGCUGGGAAAGUCUUGUCAGUAUAUCAAAGACGCAAAGAUGGAUGAGAAACUGUUCCAGCCACCUGCUACCACCAUGCAGGGAAAGACACCUAAGAAAACCCAGAGUGCAUCAAAGACAAGUCAAGGAACCCCUACAGAAGAAACUGUCUGUGCAUCUGUCACCAGCCAACCAAUGCGGCAAGCAAGUACAACGCCACUUCUCGUGGAGAGCAACUCUGACCAGCUCCUGACCACGCCAGACGGGGAAGAGAAAGAUCUCACACAAGAGAAUUCUGAACUAAAACACAGAUCUGCUAACAAGGAUUUGCUAGAUAUAGACAGGUUUACCAUCUGCGGAAACAGAAUAGACUAAUGUUAUCAGGAUGAUCUGCAGAGUAACCUCAGAAAAUGGUUACUCCGCAUUUGAUUAUUUAUUUUUUCAGUUUUUAUUUUUUCUAAAUUUGUUUUUUUAAAUUAUUUCAACAAAUAAAACUUCCCUUCCAAGUUAUAUGAAGAUCUGGAGCUGACUAAAACAGUCUUUGUAUAUUUUAAUGGAGCUGGGAAUGGCAAGCUUUUUUUUUUUUCUUUUCUUUUAAUUACAAAAUGUCAGUUAUGCUUGCCUAAGCUUGUAAUAUUGCUGUUAUCGAAAUAAAAUCAUUUGGAGUGGGAGAGACUUUGCUUUGCAGAGCAGCGCAUUGAACAAUAUUUUUAAUUUCUUUGAGGAUUCAUAAAGAAUGCAGGACAACGUAGAGAGAUCACACUAUUUUAAAAAGUGUACAGCCUUGAUAAAAACAAAAAUCACAAGAGACCUUAACUGAUUAUCGUAAUACAGGAUAAAUUUUUAGGCCAUGAUCACAUGCCUUAAAAACAUAAUAUAUAAAUUAACCACAGUGAUAUCGGAGUGUUGGGUUGCAUCCAUUAGAAAAUGUAUAAGUCUAGUGUGGCCUACACCACACAGAUUUUGUCAUAUUUUGUAUGUUAUACAACCAAAUAAACAUAAAACUAAAGAAAGAUCAUACUUUAAGAACAGUUCAGACACACACGGAGCAUCAUCUGAUUACAUAUGCAAACUUCACAUCUAAUUCUUUAUCUAGUUGAAGGUAGCCAGGUCUGUACCCCAACUUCAACUUAUGGAAGUCAAUGUUGGCUUGAGUAUAUCGACACAGACACUGGCAUAGUCAUGUUAUCGCUCCAAUUUAUGUGUAUAUAUGUUGGAUUGUGAUCUAUAUAUCUCCGUGCAAAGCAGGGACUGUUUUUAAAGUCAUAUUAAAAUGUUAUAUGUUAUAUUGUGGUGCAUGCAAAGAGGACUUUGAUGUAAAUCUUUCCAGAUUACUGUUUGCCAGGCAAUUUUAAAGACCGAUUUGGAAAGUUGUGAUUUUUUUCCUCCCUCUUACACUAUAUAAUACCAAGUUUUAGGUGUUGAGUCCACACAGCCUGACUGCAAAUUUGUACCAGUAAAAUAUAUAUAAAAUGAAUUUCAUUAAAUGAGCUAUAAGGCAGAACAGGCAUGCUCGGGAAAGUUAUCAAAGUGGAUUAUUAGUUUACAACAUAUACCCUGGAACAAAGCCAACUUCGGGCACUCCAGCUCUUAUGGACUACAUGGUAUUUAGCCUGGCACUUGGUCCAACUGUACAGCAAAAUGAAUUCCAGAGAUUGCCGAUGCCAACUGUCCUUUGUAUAGUGUUGUCAAAAUAGCUUCUAUGGGAAAAGAUUUGCACUUGAAUAAUCCUGUAUCUGGUGAAUAUUGCAUAUAUGUAUAGUUCACUGUUAAAGGGCUCACUCAAGCUGUAGCAGAGUUUUUAGCCUAUUGGCGGAAUGCUAGUUUCAAUGGGUCUAAUGAUUAACAAUUGCUGGAAAGUUUCCUAUAGAGAGAGAGAGAGAAAAAAUAAA